UGGUGUCAUGCUGAUGCGCCUUCAGUUAUUACUAUUCUACUCUGCUCUGCUGCUCAGCUCACCUUUUUCGUCGUCGUCGAUCUUUUUCCUCCGGUUUUCACCGCUUUUACUUUCUACGGACGGAGUACACUCGUACCGCGCCAGCAGCCAUUUCUUCUUUCUUUGACUGCCGCCUUCCUUGCGCUUGCGGCCGCCCCACCCGUUUCUCUUUUGCUCCGCAUCGCACCCCUCCUCCAUCACUCCUCGCUCGCUGAUCCAGCCAUUAAUGCCACCACCUGCUAUACAUCACUACCUUCCUCUUCCUCCCCCCCAGUUUUACUCCCCCAGCUGCUGAUCCCCCAAUCUCUCCUCGCUCUCUGCUGUCCGUCUAUCCCCGCGCCGCGCGCGGUUGCUGCCUUGCUGCUGGUACGAUCUCUGUCCUGAUUCAGAGAUUCUAGCCAGGACUUGGUGAAGCAGUGCACGAUUCGAUUCGGUCUCUCAGCUCCGCCGCGGGGGUCUUCUUUUUGCGGUUUCAGGUUCUUUGCUUGUGGGAUGAGUGGAAGGAAGGACGCCCGGUUGCAGAAAGAGGGAGAAAACCUCGUCUGCACGUGUUGCUGAUGAUCCGUCCCGUGCUGAUAAUAUACAAGCUCGACUGAAUCAACUGUUUGAGCCUGACAGCACCAUGGGUUCCGGCGAUUUGAGCUCGGAGAUGGAGAGGAAGGUUCUUGGCCUGACGCUGUGGGUCUGGAUUGCCAUCGGCGUGGUCGCACUUCUCGUGGCGAUCCUGCUGAUGAUCUGCAUUUGGGUGGCGUCCCGCCGGAGGACCAAGAGAACCAUGGACACCCUGAGGCAGACGCAGAUCCCCAUCUACUCCAAGGAGAUCCCCGUCGACCGGGUCGGCGGGCGCAGCCUUGCACAGACAAUGCACGAGCGCGAGAAGCCGAGCUUGCCGCCGCCGGACAAGUACAACGCGAGCAGGGAGCCGGCAGGGGCCACGCUGGGCCACCUGGCACUCAGCAAGUCCUCGGACCAUGAUAACAUGAGCCAGGGGAGCUCGGUUUGCAAUGUCGACCGUGCUGGCAGCGUGCACUCCGGUGAGGAUGGGAGCUCUGGACCUCGGAGGAAACCAAAUUCGCCUGCGGCUUUCGUGUCAGCGUCGCCCUUGGUUGGCCUUCCAGAGUUCUCUCAUCUUGGUUGGGGUCACUGGUUUACUCAGCGGGACCUUGAGCUUGCUACCGACCGUUUCUCUAAGGAGAAUGUGCUUGGAGAGGGUGGUUAUGGAGUUGUGUACCGUGGACGUCUAGUGAAUGGAACUGAAGUCGCAAUCAAAAAGAUCUUUAACAACAUGGGGCAGGCAGAAAAAGAAUUCAGAGUGGAAGUUGAGGCUAUUGGCCAUGUCCGACAUAAGAAUUUGGUUCGACUGUUGGGAUAUUGUGUUGAGGGGGUAAACAGGAUGCUAGUAUAUGAGUUCGUGAACAAUGGUAAUUUAGAGCAGUGGCUUCAUGGAGCUAUGCAUCAGCGUGGUGUUUUCAGCUGGGAAAAUCGCAUGAAGGUUGUAACAGGCACUGCAAAAGCGCUUGCUUACCUCCAUGAAGCUAUAGAGCCAAAAGUUGUACAUCGUGAUAUAAAAUCAAGCAACAUAUUGAUUGAUGAUGAAUUUAAUGGCAAGGUAUCUGACUUUGGAUUGGCUAAACUCUUGGGAUCUGACAAAAGCCACAUUACUACUAGAGUGAUGGGAACAUUUGGAUAUGUUGCACCUGAAUAUGCUAAUACUGGAAUGUUAAAUGAAAAGAGCGACGUUUAUAGUUUUGGUGUUCUCUUGUUGGAAACUGUGACAGGAAGGAAUCCUGUUGACUACAGCCGAUCUUCCAAUGAGGUCAAUCUUGUUGAAUGGCUCAAAACAAUGGUGGCUAACCGGAGGGCAGAGGAAGUGGCUGAUCCAAGCUUAGAGGUUAGACCCAGUAUUAGGGCUCUCAAGCGGGCUCUUUUGGUGGCACUGAGGUGUGUUGAUCCUGACUCUGAAAAGAGACCUAAGAUGGGCCAGGUUGUUAGGAUGCUUGAGUCAGAAGAAGUUCCAUACCGGGAGGAUCGGAGAAAUCGUAGAAGUCGCACUGGAAGCAUGGAUAUUGAGUCCAUUGCAGAGGGUUCAAACUCCGCGGAGUUUGGAAAGAAGGUAGAAAGGACUGGAAGCUCAACAUCUGACCGAUCUCAACCAUGAGGCCUGGAAAUCUAAGCUAUACCAGGAACUGUCUCAGAAACGAUGUUAAUCACCAAGGUGAUUGCUGUCCUGAUAUUGGAUGCUGGUAGGUAACUGAGGCGAGGCAAGCCCAGGUAUUGCUGCCUAAGUAUUAGACCUAGUUUUCAGGUGGAGUAGAAGCAUUCUUGGUUGAGGAACCUCCUGGUCUCCUGUUAUUUGUAUAGGUUAUAUGUUAGCGCCUGAGGAAUUCCUCUUGGGUUGGUUGGGUGUUUAACAAUUGUUCGGUUCUUUUAUUUCUUGCGUUGUUGCCUUCUUAAAUCAGUUUCACUUCUCCCUGAUGCAAUGCUGCAUAUGAGGUUGUGGUCUUAGUGUUACUGCUUGUCAUUGUUUCUCAUGUUUACCUGCGGCCUGCCCUACCUUAUCCGAUGAGUUCGUUGGGGGAACCAACCAGAGCCUACAUGGUCGUUUGGCAACAUGUGCUGAUUCUCGCUGACUUGAUAGAUGUUGAUAACUUCUUGUCAGCUUAGGGUUCUGUUUGGUUGGUGCCUAUGUUUAGCAAGAAAAAAGUUUACGACGUGUGGAACAUGGUGUUAAGAAAUGUAGCGAACUAUUGUUGUGGCAAUGAACCAAAUGGUUGUUUAAAA